AUGAGCGGCUUCGGACCUAUCGGAAUCGGGGGUGCUGGCAGCAGCAUUAGCAAGGACGGUGUAGCAGCAACAGGGGACGUCAACAGUGACUUAGACGUAGUGAGAUUGUUGCCGUCAUUCCUGCGAGGAGUUAGCGACGAGAGUAGACGGACGAUUGAGGGCCUUAUGGCGACGAAGCCGUGCGGGCUGAUAGUGUCAGACGCGUUAGAACCGGACCAUCCUAUCAUCUAUGUGAAUAGUGUGUUCGAGCGCCUGACGGGUUACACGGCGGAAGAUAUUCUUGGACGGAAUUGUCGGUUCCUUCAGUAUCGCGGGGCAUUCGCGCAGCGGCCGCACUCUCUCGUGAAUCCCGCCACCGUCGCGAGGUUACGCCAGUGCAUCGCAGAAGGCCGUGAGUUCUGCGGGGAGAUCCUCAAUUUCCGCAAGGACGGUAGCGCCAUCAUGAAUACCCUCUGCAUCGCGCCGAUUCGCGGAAGCGACACUAGCACAGUUACCCAUUUCGUUGGGGUGCAGUCUUUCGCAGAAACCAACGUCGAGCUCGGCCCGUUGCCAGGCCCGCCGCACAAGGAGCCGCAGCAUCUGCCUAUGUCGGGGGCGGCAGCCUCAGCCGCCGCCGCCGCCGCAGCCGCUGUGGUUGCAUCUCGGUGGCCACCCUCUAGACAGCCCGGACCGCUCUCCGACCGGUUGCCAGCCGGUUCAGUUGUCGGCUCUUCUAGCCGCGCGGAUCCCAACGACGCCUCGCCCGUCGCCGUGCCCAGCACGAGUGCUUCUGCCCCUGGCUGUAGCAGCAGCAGCAGCGCGUGGCCCGCGUGCUGCCUGCACGACCACGCGCCGUUCCCAGGGUUCGGGCGGAAAUGCGCGCGGGAAGGGGAGGGCGGCGGGGGAUGUAUAGGGCCAGGGCGGAGCUACCCCAGUAGCAGCGACUGCGGUAGGAGCAGGGGCAGCGGUAGCGGGAGCGGGGGGUGUAGCGGGCUGUUGCAAGUAAGCGACGAGGUGCUAGUGCAGCGAGUAAUGUGCCACCUGGGUCCCAGAGACAUCGCGUCGCUCGCCAUGUCGUGUCGGCGGUUCCGCCAGCUCGCGGUCAGCCAGGACGUGUGGCAGCGCGCGUGCCAGCACGUGUGGGGCGCGGAGGCGACCGCGGCGGUGCAGGCGCAGGCGACGGUGGGGUGGAAGACGGAGGAGGAGGAGGCGGCGGAGGAGGUGGUGCGACGAGGGCGGUAUGCGUGGCACGGGAAGAGUAAGGUUGUAUUCGAAGGAGCGGUUGGUAGGGGAGUAGGGUUAGAAGGGGCGGGUGGGAAGCGGUUGAGUACGGUUGUGGGGCAGCAGCAGCAUCAGCAGCAGCAGCAGCAGCAGCAGCAGCGGCAGCUGAUAGAGAACCAUCAGAAGUCGCAGUGGCUGCAGCGGGUCAAGUGGGCGCAGAUUGCGCGCGAAAUGACGACGCUGGAAGCCGCCACGUGGCGCAAGGUCACGGUAAAAGGGUCGGUGGAGCCGUCGCGGUGCAAUUUCAGCGCGUGCGCCGUGGGCAGCAAGGUGGUUCUGUUCGGCGGGGAGGGCGCAAACAUGCAGCCCCUUAACGACACCUUCGUUCUCGAUCUCGCGUCCGACAUGCCCGAGUGGCGGCACGUCCCCGUCGCGGGUUCCGCGCCCCCCGGGCGCUGGGGGCACACGCUGUCGUGCGUGAACGGGUCGGGGCUGGUGGUGUUCGGCGGGUGCGGGCGCGAGGGAUUGCUGAACGACGCGUUUCUGUUGGACCUGGACGACAAGCAGCCCGAGUGGCGGGAGGUCGUGGUGGGGGAGGAUGCCGGGAGUAGCAGUGGUGCUGGCGCUGGGGACGGGGGGACUGGUGGGGAGGGCAGGGGUAGCGCGAGGGGGAAUGCUGUCCUGGGGGAUGGGUUGGUGUUGAGAAGCGGUGGAGACGCGCGGGCAGCUGCGGAAGCAGCAGAGGAUGGAGAGGGAGUUGGGUCCAAGCUUGUCGUGUCCGGCGGCUGUACCGCGUCCGGUCGCCUGCUCUCCGACACCUUCCUUCUCGACCUCGCGCACAACCCGCCGUCGUGGAAGGAGAUCCGCGUGGCGUGGGCGCCGCCCGCGCGCCUGGGGCACACGCUCUCCGCGCUGGGCGGGCGCAAGGUGCUCAUGUUCGGGGGGCUGGCGACGAGCGGCGCGCUGCGCCUGCGGUCGAACGACGCGUUCACCAUCGAUCUUGCCGACGAGCACCCCAACUGGCAGACCGUCUCCCCCGACGCGCCUCUCCCGGGGGGAGGUGGCGGGGCGAACGGCAGUGGGGCAGGGGGCGGGGGGGGCACUGGCGGAACGCCAGGGGGAGCGUCGCCCCCGCCCAGGCUGGACCACGUUGCGUUUGCGCUGCCCGGGGGGCGCGUAUUAGUGUUCGGGGGAUCAAUUGCGGGGGUGAGUCCUACCCCGUCCCAGGUAUACCUGCUCGACCCGGGGGAAGAGAAGCCGCGGUGGCGGGAGCUGGCGUUUCCGGGGCAGCAGCCGCGGAUAGCGUGGGGGCACAGCACGUGCGUGGUGGGGGGAACGAAGGCCGUGGUGCUGGGCGGGCAGACGGGCAAGGAGUGGGUGCUCAACGAACUGCACGAGCUCUCGCUGCUCAGCGCCGCUGCCAUGACGCCCCCUGCUCGUGUUCUGCGGGACGAGGAUGGCGGGGAGGCUGGGGGGGGUGCGAGGCAGGAGGGGAAUGCGGAAGAUGGUGGUGGUGGGGAGAUGCGGAGGCUGGAGGGGAGCGGCGGGGAGGGGAGGGCAGGGGAAGGGGCGCGUGUGGAGGAAGGGGCAGGGGAGGAGGGUGUGGUGGUGGCACAGGGUCAUGUGGCAUCGGCGUCUAACCCAGGAUAG